CCACCUUCAACCCGCAUCAAAGGUCCAGCCCUCACGUCUCUGAUGGCCGCGCGCGAGCUUAUCGCGCUCGAGGAUGUGGCCAAGAUGCCUGCUCCAGGGCUCAGUACGCCAGCCAACGUGAGCUUCAGCCCGGACGGCCGCAUCGUGGCCUUCUUGCAUGCCCCUGGGGCUCAGAGCGGCCUCUCUCGCCAACUGUACGCGCUGGACGUGGCUUCACGCCGCGUGUCGCUACUGGCAGCUCCUCCCAACCAGGGCAACACGGAAGGGAAUCUCAGUCUCGAGGAGAAGCUUCGUCGUGAGCGUCAACGCCAAAUGGGGGUGGGAAUCACGUCCUACGCAUGGAACCCGUCGCCUCUUUCCCAACGCAUACUAUACCCUCUACAAGGUGAUAUUUACCUUCAAGAACAGCCAGGGGCGGAGCUUAAGUUGCUCUUCGACAAGACCUCGACUGGCGCCGCAGGAGGUGCCAUCGACCCGCAGUUCUCGCCUGAUGGCAGAUGGGUGGCCUUUGUACAGGACAAGGAGCUCUAUGUGAUCCCCAGCCACGUGACGGAGGGCGGACAGCAGGCCGUACAGGUGACGCAAGGGGCUCGAGGCGUCGAUGGCAAGUCCAAUGGACUCGCCUGCUUCUUGACUCAAGAGGAACUCAGUCGCUUCCGCGGCUUCUGGUGGUCUCCUGACAGCACGAAGAUCGCGUUCGAGGAGAUCGAUGAGAGCCACCUCCCCAAGUUCAGGAUCAUGCACUCGGGCAGCGCCGAGCCGACGGGAGACGCGGCGCAGGAGGACCAUCGCUAUCCUUUCGCAGGUGCUGCCAACCCCAAGAGACGACUGGGGGUCAUCAAACUGCCACACGCAGAGCAACAGAACUCUCGUGAGAUCCCCACUCCUGUGUGGAUGGAUUUUGCCAAUCCAGACCCGGAUUUUUACAUUUCCAGAGUCAAUUGGCUGCCCGAUCAGUCGCUCGGAGUGCAGAGACUGAAUCGACUGCAGACGGAGGUGACUUUCUUGCGCUUUGACGUGCAUACUGGACGUGCUACGACGCUGAUUCAGGAGAGCAACCCCGUGUGGUUGAAUGCGAACUAUCUGUUCCGUAAUAUUGAAGCGGAAGGCAACAACACGUUCCGGUUUUUAUGGGGAUCGGAGAGGAGUGGAUUCAUGCAUCUGUAUCUGUACGAAUACACGGCUGGAGCACCGGGAGCGCGUCUGCUUGGAGCUGUGACGAGCGGCAAAUGGAGUGUGGAGUCUGUGGAAGGUAUCGACUUAGCGCAGGGCCGUGUCUACUUUUGCGGUACGGUGGAUUCCCCACUGGAGCGACAUUUAUACGUGACGUCGCUCUUGCCGAUCAGUGACCCACCGCUGCCUCCCACGCGACUUACUGGUGCUGAAGGUAUGCACAGUAUCGUCAUGGACAGCAGUUGCCGCAUGUUCGUGGAUGUGUACAGCAAUACUACGACACCUCCACGUGCACUUGUGUGUACUGUGCCUUCGGAAGCUCAGAUUGCAGCAGUGAAGCCGGUUGAGCCGGCAGACCCGACUUUGGCAGCAGAGCCAGCAGCCCCAGUGUCUGCUGAGCUUGCUGCAGUUUUCCAGACGAUUCAGGACUCUGCAUUUCCCCUUACUACAGAGCAGGAAGAUCUGCGUGUUUCGAUUCUUCAAGCUCAGGCCAAGUUGUGCACUCCAAAGAUUAUUUCGUUCCCGACACGUGACGGCAAGGAGAUGCUUUACGGGGCUGUAUACCUGCCCGAUCGAGAGAUUCAUGGUGACGGUCCGUACCCUACCAUGGUGAGCGUGUAUGGUGGCCCGCAUGUCCAGCGUGUUGCGCGGAUGUGGGCGAUGACUGUGGAUAUGCGAGCGCAGCGGUUCCGUGACAUGGGCUACGCUGUGCUGAAGGUGGAUAACCGUGGUAGUUUCCGUCGUGGAUCGGCUUUUGAAGGCGCAAUCAAGCACUGCAUGGGCACGGUAGAGAUUCUAGAUCAGGAGGACGGCGUCCGCAAACUGGUGGACGAAGGAAUUACGAUCGAAGGACGCGUAGGAAUUUAUGGCUGGAGCUAUGGUGGCUACAUGUCGGCGAUCAGUCUCAUGAAGGCGCCCAAGACCUUCAAACUUGCCAUCGCUGGCGCGCCUGUGACGAGUUGGGACGGCUAUGACACGUGCUACACGGAGCGCUACAUGUCUACGCCUCAGCUGAACCCGACGGGUUACCGGGACGGCAGUGUCAUGGAAGCCGUUGGAAACAUGCAGCAUGGCCAGAAGCUUAUGCUUGUUCAUGGAUUGAUCGAUGAGAACGUGCACUUCCGCCACACAGCUCGCCUUAUCACGGCGCUGAUCAACGCACGGAAGCACUACGACUUGCUGCUCUUCCCUGGCGAACGUCACUCGCCUCGCCACCUAGAAGACCGAAUUUACAUGGAGCAGCGUAUCGCCGAGUACGUGGAAGCCAACCUGUAAUGGGGAAUAUGAACAACAGAUUACUACUUCGAAGCAGUUAAGGCGUCGUGUCGUCGGUGCGGGAUCUCUCCAGCGAGGCUUGGAUUGCGCGUUGAAGCUCAUCCAUUUCGUCUGUGUUGGUUGAUUCAUUGCCGUACAGACCGAAGUCCUGCGGCGGUGCAUAAUCUUGAGCUGACAAUUCCAUUGCUCGACGUAACUGUUCGUCAUAGUCAGCGGCUCCACUUGCUGCUGGAACGCUUGCUCCAACAUCUCCCAGAGACGCCUGAAUCGCUGCAGAUAUUUGAGCGUCGAAAUCGACUGCGUGGUCACCUAAAGACGCUUGAAUUGCAGACUUCAUCUGCUCUUCUUCUGACUCUGCUUUUGCCUUGGCCAGCAGCUCCGCUUGGAUUGCUGCCAUUUCACUUUCUCGUGUAGCUUCUUCGAUCUCUUCACGCUCUCGAUGAGCCUGUGCCGGCGAAGCUUCUCCAUACUCUGCUAGUGAUAGUUUUAACGUCUCUUCCAAACUUUUGUCCAUGGCGUCGAACUCGUUUCGAGAUUGCUAGGAUAUUGAAAAUAAAAGACAGCAGAGUUAGCGUACAGUAGCUUCGUUCAUCAAGAGACUAUGUACAACGUACCACGAGGACUUGUUCGAGCUGCUCAACUUCUGUGCGUUCACGGUCUGAUUGGGCCUGCACUUCCUGCUCC